AUGGUCAGUUUUGUAUAUCAUCAUUUUUCGAAUUUUUAUUUUCAGCUUUCUCGAAUUUUAUUUCUUCUUUUCCUUCUUCACAGUGUUGCUCAGAUUUUGAUCGUACAUCAAACAACUUGGAAAAUAUUUGAAAAAACGGUAGGGAAGCGAAUUAAAAAUAUUUUUUGAUAUUUUCAGUUUCAGUCUCAAUUAGAUUACCUACACGAUGAAAUUGUUUUUAAAGGAGUGAAAAAUCCGUUCGUCUCCACGGAUUUUUUCAUUCAACUCGGAACAAUCACCAUCAAAGACCCACAUGAAGGAUACAUUGUCACUCAUGUAAGUUUAGAUGGUCAGGUCAAAAUUUUAACCGUUUUUAUGCGGAUAAAAAGUGAACGAUAACUAUUGGGUGAGAAUCGAGAAAGAAAGAAAGAAUUGUUCAGAUUUAUUUCAUGUGUUUUUUUGCCUUUCAUAAUUCAAACAGAUUUAAUCAUCAGACUGAUUUCAAACCUGUGAAAAAUGCAGAAAUUAAGUGAUAAAGGCUAUUCAGAGUAGUUUUAUCUGAGAAAUUACUUACUUUCCUUUCUGCAUCUAUUAUAAAUUCGUAAAGGUCUCAUUAAAUCAUCAUUUCACGACUUUUUUAAGAAAACCAACGCUGGGUCUUUCGAUGUUAUAUCUCUGCCACCGGAGUUCCUGUUCAAAGUGGAAGCAUUCCAAAAAAUAAACAAAAAUCCGUAUUUUCUCAUCACUCAUGGCAGUCCGAGAUCUUCGCCUGGAGGCUACUUGUCUUUGAUCAAGUCAGUUUGAAACGAGAAAAAAGCAAAUUUGUCAGCUUAGAGUUUUUCUCUUCCUUUUGAUAUUUCCAGUGAUCCUCUACUGCUCCAUUGGUUCGCUGUUGAUGUAGACAAAGUCCAUCCAAAACUUUCUGGUAUUCCUGUUGGAUUACCUAGAGCAAUCGAGAAUACUCAACAAAUUGCAAGUCGUCAAGCCUUGAAACAAAUGAAGUAAGUCAAUUCAAACUUCUGCGGAAGUUUUUUGAGAAUUAUAUUGAAAUUUUCAGAAAGUUCACUGAGCGGCCUAUCGAUCUAUACUUGAACUAUAUCCUUGAUUCUCAUGAUGAAAGGACGCAACUAUUGAAGUUCUGCAAAAAUCAAAAAAUGGCAGUCGUUUGCAAGUAUAUUUCAACCAGUUUUAUUUCUUUUGGAAUUGAUAUUCAUACUUUUCAGACCCCGUAAUUGCACUUACGAUCAAUACAUGAACGACUUAGGAAAAUCAAAAUUCGUUCUUUCUCCACGAGGCUUUGGAAUCGACUGUUACAGAACGUCGGUUGCUCCUCAGAUUUAUUAAAACUUGCAAAUUAUCAGUUGGGAGUCAAUAAUUAUGGGAGCCAUUCCUAUUGUUCUCAGCAGCUCGAUUAACGAAAUUUACACUGGGGAGAAAGUUCUUGUUGUUAAUAGUUUCGAGGAGGUUUAUUUUUUCAAGUUUUCUUUUAUUUCAUGUAUUUCAUUAAGGUCACUCAGGACUUCCUCCUCGAAGCCGAGAAAACCUUUUCGCAGAAAUCGUUCGGUUUAUCGCGCGUUUUCCGAAGGUACUGGGAGAACAUGUUUUUCAAUUAUACGGUCAAAUAUGUACCUACAGCAAAAUAUUUGCAAAAGUUUUAUAAAUCUUUCUAAAACUUUUGUUUUUGGAAAGUAUCAAAACAAUCGAAAAAAAAACUUUUGUUCUGCUACAAACUUUAUAUUUUCAAAUGGAAACGCAAUAUUUUGUAUCGACUGCAAACAAUAGAUAGUAUAAAAGUCAAAUACUUGCGGCCCACCUAAACUGGGCAAAAUGAGAAUUUUGAUACUCGCAAUCGGUCUAGUCGUUGUGUCGGCCCACGAAACAGGCAGAGUGAGUUAAGUUCCAUUUAUCGUUGGUUGAAAUGAAAAUUUUCAGUGGGGAGUACCCGGUCUACCUCCAGCACCUGAGGUUUUCCACUCAUAUGACUUUUCGGAAAAACGUGAAUUCCAGGGUCAUACUUUCAUUUGUUACGCGGUCCCCAGUCCUCCAAGAGAACAACCGAGCUAUCCUUACAAGCCGACAUGGAGAGCCCCUCCUUCCGAAGACCACCGUCCUCCUGUUCAAUUUGAAACUUUUUCUGACCAAUGA